CAAAGGUUGCUUUUUGGAUGAAUAUAAAAGUGUGUGUGAAUAGAAAAACAGGUGACGAGUGACGAGUAAUAAAUAAUCAGUGUUUUUUAGGUGGGUGCGGAAAAAUGGGUGGCUGUUUAAAUGGUUAAAUUUAAUAUAAAAAAAUAUGGAGGAUGGGGACACCGGGAUCGAUCAUCUAGAUCAGAUGCCCACCAAUUCCCAUUUGAUAAUGACCUCAUUAACGGCUGGUGCCUUUGCUGGUGCACUCGCAAAAACGACAAUCGCUCCCUUGGACAGGACGAAAAUCUAUUUUCAAACCACCCCGACGGCCCCCUUCUCCACCCGCACCGUGCUCUCCUACUUGAUUAAAACGUAUAAAACCACCGGAUUUUUUUCGCUAUAUCGUGGAAAUUCAGCCACAAUGGCCAGGAUCGUUCCUUACUCUGCCAUCCAAUUCGCCUCCCACGAACAAUACAAACGCCUCCUGACCCCCACCCCCUCAACUUCAACCCACACAUCCCGCUUCAUCUGCGGCUCCCUCGCCGGGGUCACCGCCCAAUCCCUCACCUAUCCUCUGGACCUCUGCCGCGCCCGCCUUGCCGUCUCCCCGUCAAACAAGUACAAAAACCUGAGUGAUGUUUUCCUCAAGAUAAUCACCAAGGAAGGACCAAUGACUUUAUUUCGUGGUUUUAUUCCCACGAUGAUCGGCGUCGUUCCUUAUGCGGGGUGCUCUUUUUACACUUAUGAGACUUGUAAAAAGUGCUACAGGGAAGAGUUUGGGACAGAGGCGAGUGGGGUGGUGAAGAUGGGGUUUGGUGCGGUCAGUGGGGUCAUUGGGCAGACCAGCUCGUAUCCCUUUGAUAUCGUGAGGAGGAGGAGGCAGGUGGGGGUGGAGUUAGUGGAGGGGAAUUUAGCCAGGGUCAUGGUGGAGAUUGCGAGGACGGAAGGGAUAAUAAAAGGCCUCUACAAGGGACUAUCGAUGAAUUGGAUCAAAGGCCCGGUGUCGGCGGGGAUCAGUUUUAGCGUGUUUGAUUACACGAGCAUGCUUUUAAGGAAAUAUUGGUGAUUUUUAUUUUAUUUUUAUUUUAGAAAAAUGUGCAAUGUGUCUGAUAGUCAAUUUUAUGAUAUAAUAUAUUUUUUUGUGUGCGAUCUACUAUUAUGAAAAAUAAAUGCAGAAAAAAACGAGAAAUGAA